UGUAUUACAGGUAGCGUUCCAUGUAUUUUAGUUCUAUGAUGCAACAUAGACCAACAAUAAUAACAACUGUAAAUUAGAGUUUUUAAGUAAUUUUGAAAACUUGUGAUUUAAAUGACGUCUUGGCCUAAGCGUGGAAGGCCAAAACGUAAUGUUCAACUACACCAGAUUCGUUUACGGAUGUAUGUACUAUUACAACGAGUGGUUAAGACAAAAAGACUUUGCUGGAAUGGCAGAGCAGACACACAGUCAAUUUGCUUCUUAUUUUCUUCAAAUUUUGAAUGAAAAGAAACGUGUAGUUAGUGCUGCAUCUAUAAUGUCUCUAUCAGCAACAAAAAAAGUAACGAUGUGAACCAUAAACAAAAGCGCAAAUUGAAUCUUGGUUGACGUACAUUCUUUAAAUAUGCAGAACUGUUUUUCAGCUAACUGUACUGUUUUUGAUGUUCAUUGUACAAAACAUUCACAUAUCAGAACUGAUAAGUAUACCAUAUAGUUAAUACAAUAAUUAAUUGAUAGCAAAGGCCUAACAGUUUUCUUCCUUUAUGCAUUUUUUAUAGAUGGUCUAUAAUAUGGCGCCAUUUCCAUAUCCCAAAAUCCUUGAACUCCGUGAAAAAUACAUGUACAACAUUCGUCCACUGGCGAACCAAUCGCUUGAUAUAGAGUUCAAAAUAAAAACGAAAGAUGGUUACGCAUCGAGCGAUGAUGAAGAUGAUGAGGUCAAUCAAAUGAACGUUGGCUGUCUUGGUCUUCUUUCUCCCCAUUCAUCCCAAGAAGGAAGGGCAAACAAGGUCAAUCAAACUGGGGGAUAUCCUUUUGGAAAAGACUUUAGCGGCUCAGUAAAUCAACCCAGUUCCUUGGUUGGCGUGUCUGAUUUAGACAAAGAAUAUAACAGGACGCGGAAAAUGCAGCAACAAGCUGUUGCUGUGUUCUCGUCGCAUGAAAAUAAGAAUAAGUCGCAAGAUUUGCGUGAUAUCCCACCAGCUAUUAACCACCUUUUUGUUGUAACUCGUGCGCGACGCAACAAGUGGAAAGAACAUUUGAAAAAAUAGCGCCAAAAGCGAGACAAACUACUUCCGCUGCAGGAGGAAGAGGAAGAAGAGGCCCAUCACGAGCGAAGCCACGUAAGCAACGUUGGUGAUCUCGUAGAUAAAUCCUCAGAUAGCGCAUCGAAACAUGUAAACGAGCAUGUAGUCGACCCUGCCGAACAUUUGGUCGGUCUCUUCAUAGGUGCAUCCUGGGAAGGAGACAGGGAUAGUCGUGAUACUAUGGCAUAAAACGUAGACAUGAAUAUUGAUAAGCCUAGUGAGAAAAAUAUGCGUACAACUGUAUCUCAUACAUUUCAAAAUCCGACCAAAAAAUGCUACCAAGGACUCGAGUCGUAAGAAAACAAAGAUGGCCUCCCUCAGUAUAUCUCCCAUUGCUCCGUCAUUGAUUUCACCUGACCAAAUAUGUGUCUAUCCCGCCAAAUUCACGCCGUUUCCCGAUAAUUGGACAAAAAUGUCAAAGAAUGAAUUGCUUCACGGAAAGCAGACAGAGCAACGACGUCCAUUUACAAAAAAACAAGCAUUCAUCAGCGUGCCACCUAUACCUUUACCCCCACCUAAGACAAAAAGGUAGUUGCCGAUCUCUAGGGUUGAUUUUUAGGGUGUUGCUUGAGUUUUGAGCUGUCAAAAUUGGUUUUUUACAUUUUUGUAUCAGAAUGCAGGCAUAGAAAUCGACACGUGGUCUAGCUUGAGAAACACACAAUGAGGUGCAAAAUAUACAAUUAUUUGGUUUUGUUUCCUUAUAGAGAAUAAUUUAUUUGAAUACGAAUGUUUGUGUUUGCCUUUAUUGCAAUUGUAAACUGUACACAAAUCACAAGUUAUGUCAUACGUAAAAUGCGUUUUGGAUAAUUAUAUUUUAUUUUAGCUAUUUAACAUGCAAAGGCUCUAUGAAUUUUCGUCGUACGCGAACUACCAACGUCAUCAAAUGAUCGUUAACUAUUGUAAAAUCUAACGUAGUAUUUAAGGAAAAUGACACAAAGCGUUAUUAUAUUGGAAUAUGUUUGUCGUUUACUUAUUAAAUAUGUCAUUAAAUAUAUUUUUAAAUGCA